AAAAAAAAAAAAAGAGGAAAGAAAAGCUCUAGCCUGUUAGCCUUGGCUACUCCGCCUUCCUCCGCGGUCUCUUGCUGUCCCUCCACGCGAGCAAGACGAUGAAGAUGCAUCGCUCCAUCAUCGCAGCAUUGCUUCCUCCGCCGUAGUUCUUCUUUUAGUCCCACACCGGAGACCCCACCCGUUGUCCCCUUCUCCAUAUCUACUCCCCUUCUGGGCUUUUCCGUUCUUCUUUCUGCUUCUCUUUGGCGGGGAGUGUUGGGAGGAGGGGAUGGGUAUCGAUCUGAACACGAUCGAGGAGGAGGAGGAGGGAGAGGCGGCGGAGCACCCGACGGCGCUCCAGCCAACGCAAACCCAUCACCACCACCACCACCACCACCACCACCACCGGCAAUACCCUCAUCCUCCGCUGCCGGCUGCGGCGUCGGGCGGAGGAGGAAGUUCUUCUUCUGGGGCCUCGCCGCCGGUGUGCCUGGAGCUGUGGCACGCGUGCGCGGGGCCGCUGAUAUCCUUGCCGAGAAAGGGGAGCGUGGUGGUGUACUUGCCGCAGGGGCAUCUCGAGCAGCUCGGAGACGGCGGCGGCGUGGGGCUCCUCCGUUACGAUGUGCCUCCCCACGUCUUCUGCCGCGUCCUCGAUGUCAAGCUUCACGCAGAGGAGGCUACAGAUGAAGUCUACGUGCAGCUAUCCCUCGUUGGUGAAAGCGAGGAAGUUGAGCGGCAGUUGCAAGAAGGUGAAGUUGAAGGAGAUGAGGAAACGGAGGUUGAUGGUGCCAGCAAGACACCGACGCCUCACAUGUUUUGCAAGACUCUCACUGCUUCUGACACGAGUACACAUGGUGGAUUCUCUGUUCCACGCCGAGCUGCCGAGGACUGUUUCCCUCCCUUGGACUAUAAGCAGCAGAGGCCUUCUCAGGAGCUUGUAGCCAAAGAUUUGCAUGGCACAGAGUGGCGGUUCCGUCAUAUCUACAGGGGACAACCACGUAGGCAUCUGCUCACAACAGGAUGGAGUGCAUUUGUGAACAAGAAGAAACUUGUCUCAGGAGAUGCUGUGCUUUUUCUUCGGGGUGACGAUGGGGAGCUCAGGUUGGGCAUCCGCAGAGCUGGGCAACUCAAGAGCAGUAUUCCUUGUUCAGUAUUAAAUAAUCAGAACCUGAACGCUUUCGGUGCUGUGGUUAAUGCUGUUUCCACAAAAAGUGUGUUCCCCAUCAACUAUAACCCAAGGUCAAGCCAAUCAGAGUUCAUCAUUCCCUACUGGAAAUUCAGAAAGAGCUUUGGUUGUUCGGUUUCUAUUGGAACAAGGUUUAAAAUGCGAAUUGAAAGUGAAGAUGCUGCAGAGAGAAGAUACACAGGAUUGAUUACUGGAAUUGGUGAUGUUGACCCAAUUAGAUGGCCUGGCUCAAAAUGGAGAUGUCUUUUGGUGAGGUGGGAUGAUGACACCAGUAGGCAAAACAGGGUUUCUCCCUGGGAGAUUGAACCUACUGCUUCAGUUUCACCCUCUAAUGGUGCGACCACAUCUGGUUCAAAGAGAACCAGAAUUUGGCAUAACUCAAUCAGUCAAGAUUUUCCACUUCCAAAUGGAAGUGGGUAUUCAGACUUAGCGGAGCCUGCCAGGCUCCCCAAGGUCUUGCAAGGUCAAGAAAUUAUGGGUUUGAAAACUCAUUAUUGUAAUGAUAUAUUGAAGUCUCAGAUAUCCGAAGUAAGAAAUCAUCAGCUAUCUGAAAUUAAAAGAUGCAUCGCUGAUGCAAGCAGCUGCAUGCUAGCUGGUUCAGGAAGUGGUUUCAGGAUUCCAGUUGGCAAUUCUGAUUUUCCCUACAAGAGCUUUGGAGAAUAUGUUAGAUUCCAUAAGGUCUUGCAAGGUCAAGAAAUAGUUUCAUCAAUUCCGGCAUAUCAAGGAGCUCCAGCUGAUGCCCGGAUUGAAAAUGGUGGAUUAAGAGUCUUCAGCCAAGCACCCGGUGCUGGAAGUAGAUGGCCUGCAUCAUUUCAGGAAUUCAACAGUCUUGCGAACUCAUGUACUACAUCGUCAGCUCAAGUUUCUUCUCCGUCAUCUGUGCUAAUGUUUCAGCAGGCAAGUUCACAGCUUCCACGUCCCAAUUCGGUGUAUAACGUCCCCAACCAUGGUAAGGGAGAGAGAAGCAAUUUAUCUGGUUUGUUUGACACAGGAAAGAAAGAAUCCUUGCCAUGCCCACCUUGUUACACGGGAUAUGAUUGCAUUAAAGAACAUUAUGGAGUAGAGGAAGUUCUUACUUCUGAUCAUUCCAACAGAAACAUACUCCCUAGCAGCAGAAAAAGUUGUAGACUAUUUGGUUUCCCUUUGACUGAGGUGAAUCCAGUAGCAAAUGGAGUAGAUGGCGCUCCAAUGGCAUCUUCAUCAUUAAGGAAUUUUGAAACAUCUUUUGCACCAUUAAAGCCACAAAAAUCAGCUAAAUUGGAUGGGCCUAGUUGCACGAAUGUUUACAAGCUUGGGAGUGUUACAGGCAGGGCUAUUGAUCUCUCGAAGCUUGGUGGAUAUGAUGAUCUGAUGUGCGAGCUGGAGCAGCUGUUUGAUAUGAAGGGGCUUCUGAAUGAUCCACAGAAAGGAUGGGUAGUAGUAUAUACUGCUGCCGCAGAUGACAUGAUGCGUGUAGGGGAUGUUCCUUGGCAAAAAUUUCGUAACACUGCAUCCAAAAUUUUGAUUUACACUCGUGAUAUGGUGGAAGCGGUGGCAUGUCGCUGAUGCCUGCAGUUGCUCUGCUGGACCUUUUUCUGUGGCUAAGCCUCUUCAUUUAUUUUAUCUUCAUGCAUCAAGAAUUCACCAACAAGGAGAUGAAUCCAGUAUUGGAUGUGGAAUCAAAUUAUCCUUUUUCUUUUGUUUAAUGCUAUUCCAGAGAUUCGUUAUAUCCUGGGUUAUGAUACUGGAAUCCAAACCUUUUGUUCCUGCCACUUGAAUGCUGUAUUCAUGUUUGCUUAAGGAGCAUACUUUUCUAUCAUAAGUUCGUCAAGAUCUAAGAGGAUGUUUGGUAGCAUAUAAUUAUGAGAAGAUUAUAUAUAAUUUUGCAA